AUGGUAGGAGUCAAGGGGAAGUACAAGGGUUGCAACACUUGCCGAAACAGACGGGUCAAGUGCGACAACACUCGCCCCUUCUGCAAGAAAUGCAUCGAUCAUGGUCGUGCGUGCGAGGGCUACGAGCGGGAGACAGUAUUCAUUGUUGGGACGGUCGAUGACAAGGGCAGAUGUGCCUUGCACCCGCCGCGUAACCUGCAGAGGAGUAAGAAAGCGAAGACGAGUGCCGAGAGCAGCGAACCUGCCAAGGUAGAAUUUUCGGCUGUCCAGCCUCUACAGCCGGCCUGGGAUGAAACGAUAGCGCUCGCAUCCGUUGGGGGAUUGCAUCAAGUUCGGUUUGUGGCCCUGCAUACCAACCUUGACUCGGUCAGGCAACAACAGGCUGGGAACCCAGAAACUGGGGAAGUAAAGCUGGUGUUACCGACAUCACAGCGUGUUGAUGUUCGUCCGACGUUCAGAAAAGAGGAUUUCAAACUGAAUUCCCAAUGCUUUAUUCAUCUGCCGGAAAGCAGCAGCAGUCAACGGGCUGGUAAGAACAGCAACGAGGGCUUGUGCCUAUUCAUCUACGAGCAUAACUCGUCGGCGGCAUAUAGCAACAAGGCACCUUGGAAAGAUCCUGCAGCCAUAAUUAACCCGAUCCGUCAAUUGGGACCAGGAUACUGCCAAACGUUUCCCGCACAUCACUUCUUUACGAGAAUAUAUAGGCCCAAUGCCAUCUUCGCCUCCCUCCUCAACCGCCGACCAACCCACCUUGCAUCUUCAGAGUGGAUGCUAGACCCCUGGAAACAACACCCCAAAACCUCCCUCGACAACCUCCUCGACAUCAUAGCCCUACUGCCCACCCUUGUUGCCCGCGCAGACCAAAUCACCCCCCUACCACCGUCGAUGGGCCGCCGGCUCAAAGCUAAGGACUUGCUCAAUAACUGCGCCAGCAUCGAGAAACAAUUGGAGAACUGGUACGCGGGCAUCGAGCAAGCCGCAGCGGCUAAUAGAGAUAACCCACUUCUCUACUGGAUCGGCGAGCCGAGCCUGCAUGCUCAGAUCCCUUUUGCUGACACGUUCGCUUUUGCGAGUCCGGCGCUGGGGUUGGCGCAUAUUUAUUAUUGGAGUUCUCUUAUUACGUUGCAUACGUGCAUGCACUCCCUAAUCGAGGCGAUAUUCGAGAGCGGAGGAGGGGCUACAACGAAUAACUACGGCUUCCUAACGGACCUCUCCCCGUCCCUAGACCCGGUGAAGUACAAUUGUAGGGAGAUCCGCAAGCUGGCGGCCAAUGUGUGUCGAGGACUAGACUGGGCGCUGGGGCCGGGCGUAGGGCAGCCGGAUUUGAUGGCGGCGCCGCUGUGGGUUGUCGAGAAUUUUUAUGAGGGGAUACAUGGGGAGCUCGAGGGGUUCUGGUGCGAGGGGUUUAGGGCGAGAAUGGUGGAAAGGGCGAAAGCGGUUGAGGAGGAGAUGGUUGGGGAGGGGAGGGGGUGGGUUGAGGUUGGGAGGCUUGGGUGA